UCGGUCGCCGCAGGCCGGCGCAUAGGCUGCGCGAGGACACGCGCGGCGAAGAAUUCACGGAGGUGCAGCUGGUGGAAGGUCGCGGCGGGGUCACGAGAAAAGCCCGUCUCCGGGUGGAGCUCUCGGAGUCCGCAGGUCCUGGCUCGAGGAACAGGAUCUACCAGGUGCCCUGAGGAGGCGGUCUCAGGACCUGGAUGUCAUCAUUUGUGGGGACACCACUGACCAGAGUCUAAGAUUUCUACCCAGAAAUUUCGAGCAGCUCAAGAAUAGACCAAAGACACAGCGUCCAUCUUCCUGGCCAUUUCCCAAUAACAGAAGACAAUGAUUAAGGACCAGGAAUCGCUCACACUGGAGGAUGUGGCCGUGGACUUCACCUGGGAGGAGUGGCAGUUCCUGGGCCCCGAGCAGAAGGACCUGUACAGGGACGUGAUGUUGGAGACCUACAGCCACCUGGUGUCACUGGGGUAUCCAGCCAGCAAGCCAGACACACUGUCCAGAUUGGAACGAGGGGAACCAUGGACAAGAGAAGGUGGACUCCACAGUGGGAUCUGCUCGGAAACCAAGAAAAACGAUGGUCACCUACAGAGAUACUUGCAAAAGCAAAGAUGUCUAAAGAGAACAGUACAGUGCCAUGAACAUAAUGCAUUUGGAAACAUCAUUCAUUGGAGUAAAAGUAAUUUUCCUUUAAGGCAAAAUCAUGAUACAUUUGACUUGCAUGGGAAAGCAUUGAAAUCAAAUACAAGUUUGGUUAACCAGAACAGAAGCUGUGAAGUAAAGAACCCAGUUGAGGUUAAUGGACAUGCGAAAUCUUUCCUCCAUGCAAAGCAUGAGCAACAUCAUACUGAAAUAAAAUUUCCUGAAUGUGUUAAUUCUGUAAACACAAACUCCCAAUCCCUUAAGGCGCAAAGGACUCAGAAGAUAAAUAAACCCCAUGUAUGCGGUGAAUGUGGGAAAGACUUCAUCAAGAAGUCUCGCCUCAUAGAUCACCAGAGAGUUCAUACGGGAGAGAAACCUCAUGGGUGCAGCGUAUGUGGGAAGGCCUUCUCCAGGAAGUCCAGGCUCACUGAACAUCAGAAAACUCAUAUAGGAGAGAGACGGUAUGAGUGCACCGAAUGUGACAAAGCCUUCCCCAAGAAAUCACGGCUACUCGCUCAUCAGAAGACACACACAGGAGAGAAACCCUACGUUUGCGAUGAAUGUGGAAAAGGCUUCAUCAAGAAGUCUCGGCUCAUUAAUCAUCAGAGAGUUCACACAGGAGAGAAGCCGCAUGGAUGCAGUCUGUGUGACAAAGCCUUCUCCAGAAAGUCCAGGCUCAUCGAACAUCAGAGAACUCACACGGGAGAAAAACCUUACGAAUGCACAGAAUGUGACAAAACCUUUCGCUGGAAAUCACAGCUCAAUGCCCAUCAGAAAACUCACACAGGAGAGAAAUCGUUUAUAUGCAGUGACUGUGGGAAAGGCUUCAUCCAGAAGGGCAAUCUCAUUGUACAUCAGCGAACUCACACGGGAGAGAAACCCUAUAGAUGCAACGAAUGUGGCAAAGGCUUCAUCCAGAAGGGCAAUCUCCUAAUACAUCAACGGACUCACACUGGAGAGAAACCCUAUGUAUGCACUGAGUGUGGAAAAGGUUUCAGCCAGAAAACUUGCCUGAUAUCACAUCAGAGAUUUCACACCGGAAAGACUCCCUUUGUGUGUACCGAAUGUGGCAAAUCUUGUUCACACAAGUCAGGUCUCAUUAACCAUCAGAGAAUUCACACAGGGGAGAAGCCCUAUACGUGCAUUGACUGCGGAAAGGCUUUUAGAGAUAAGUCGUGCCUCAACAGACAUCGAAGAACUCAUACAGGAGAGAGACCCUACGGGUGCUCUGAUUGUGGGAAAGCCUUCGCCCACCUGUCAUGCCUGGUGUAUCAUAAGGGAAUGUUGCACACCAGAGAGAAAUGCGUAGGUUCCGUCAAGUUGGAAAACCCUUUUUCAAAGAGUCACAGCUCAGCUCACUCGAGUGACAGAGUACAGGAGAAAACCUCUGUUGAUGCGAUGACUGUUCGGAUGCCUUCAGUGGCAGGUCAGAUUUCAUUACACAUCAGUGGGUUCCUAGCGGAUGGGAACAUGGCCACUGUGGGACCGCCAGGUGCCAGGGGCGCAGCCUCCGCAGAUAACAGAAUUGGCACAGAGAAACCUUAUGAACGCAGGGAAUGUGGUAGUACCUUCAGUGACCAGUUAUGUCAUAUUGUAUGUCACAAAAACCACACAGGAGUAAACUGUGAUGCAAUCAAGGCGGAAGACUCUUGACUAAAACAUUCUAGCUCAUUAUAUGGCUUAUAAGUGUCUGCUGAGACAAGUGUGCAUACAGACUGGGAGAGCCUUUCGUGGCACCAUAGACCUUAUCCGUGCUGUUUCAUGUGUCACAUGUCAUGAGUGAGCUCCUGGUUGGUAGAAAUAUAAUGGCCUUGGGAAAUCCUUUUCCAGAAAUAAGACUUCAGUAGGUGGUAGAGGGUUUACACAGGAGAGAAAUUGUUGGACCUUUGAAGGCAGUGAUUGUGGCAGGGUUGUCUGCCUCACCUACUGGCAGAGGAAACCCAAGAAAUAAAACUCUGGGCACAACUAACUGUGGAACAUCUUCAGCAAAAUAUCGGAAAAUGCAUGAAGCAGAUAAGGCCUGUGAAAAUGAAGAAGACUUUAGGGCCUUGCGUCACAAUUCUAACAUAAUUAUACAUCAGAUAAUUGACACAGUGUACAUUGUAGGACAAUAUACCUUGAAUCAAACUCCUAGUUGAUAUGUCUGUGAGGACUCCUUAAUUUAAUGCUGCUUUUUAAAAAAAUACAUUUUUAUUGAUUUCAGAGAGGAAGGGAGAAGGAGAGAUAGAAACAUCAAUGAGAAUCAUUGUUCAGCUGCCUCCUGCACGCCCCAUACUGGGGAUCCAGCCCACAAUCCAGGCAUAUGCCCUUGGCUGGAAUCAAACCCAGGACCCUUCAGUCCGCAGGCCGACGCUCUAUCCACUGAGCCAAACCGGCUAGGGCUAAUGCUUUUUUUACAAUUUAUUUUUAUUGAUUUCAGAGAGGAAGGAAGAGGGAGAGACAGAAAUAUGAAUGAUGACAGAGAAUCAUUGAUUGGCUGCCUCCUACUGGGGAUCAAGCCCACAACCCGGGCAUGUGCCCUUCACCGGAAUCCAACCCCGGACCCUUCAAUCUGCAGAGCGUUGCUCUAUCCACUGAGCCAAACCAGCUAGGGCAGGACUUCUUAAUUUAAAGGAGGUUGUCUGUUUUGCACCCUCCCCCUGUUGGGGGCAUGAAUCUAUUUUCUCACAUAGGAACAUUAUAUGGUUAGCUCUUGCAUUUCUUCAGUUCUAAAUUUAUUCCAUUUGUAUUUUAGAGGACUGAAAUCCUUCAAAAGGAAACAGUACAUUUAUUUCUACAGUAUAACAGCAUGUUUGGAUGUGCUAACUUUAUAAACAUUACCCGGGAACAGAGCUCAAAACUCAUGAAUAGCCUGUCAGCCACACUUUUGCCCAAAAGAGAGUUUCCCAUCCUGUGCGUGCACCACUCAGAAAAACAUUAACAGCCAUUCCCUUCAUCUGGUACUGUUCUAGGACCUAUAGAUGAUGAUGGUGA